AUGCCCAAGAGAACUCUCCUAAAGACAGGUUUAAUUACAUUAACAUGGAUUCCUGUCUUAAUGACCGUAAAUGACAAAGUUUGCUAUAUUUCUCAGAUAAAGGGAAGCUCCAUGCGACCUACUUUAAACCCUAGUGACUCAAGCAAUGAUUGGAUAUUGUUGUGGAAGUUUAGAAAAGAUGCAGUGCAAAGAAAUGAUGUUAUAUUGUUUAAGUCACCAAUGGAUCCCAAAAAAAUUCUUUGUAAAAGAGUAAAAGGUGUUGAACUGGAUAAGGUUUUUACGAAGUAUCCAUACCCAAAGGAUUCAGUUAUAGUACCGAGAAAUCAUAUUUGGGUGGAGGGUGAUAAUGUAACACAUUCUAUCGAUAGUAAUGAAUUUGGCCCAAUAUCGAAAGGACUAAUUGUAGGGAGUGUAGCAACUAUCAUUUGGCCUCCUUCGAGAUGGGGUACCGAUUUGAAAGAGACACUGGGAAGAAAUAAUAUUCUUAAGAAAAAUAUAGAUACUUGA